AUGCUGGAAAAGCAGAGCAAGCAUAUCGAAAAGGGGGGGCACGGAGACGACGACGUGAAUAGAAUCGGCGCCGGUGACGGCCGGAAGCGAAAGAGAGACGGAAGCACCGGUGCUGAGACUGAUACUGAAGCGGACACAGACACUGCGAAACCUCAUAAAAAGCAAACGGAGCCCGUUGUCGACACUGCCAAAAAGUUUGAGCUUGCUAAAAUGAACUGCCGCGCGAAACUGAGCGAGAUUAUUGAGGGCCAGGAGCCCGUCACUAAGAGCCUCAUUCCGGAGCACAUUGAAGAUGGCGUCCUAAUCCCACUCAAAACGACUCUUGAGCUGCGUGACGAUCACCAGUGCGGACAAGUUCUGAUAACCCGGACGCCCAUCCGCUCUACAAGUGCAGUCAUCAACCUCCUACGCGACCUGCUUCCUGAGGAAAUUGUUAAGGGCAUGCCUCAUUUGCGGCGGUGUGCGAAGCCUAUGGAUCUUCCGGCACACCUCAAGACCCAGUUCAUGAACGACACGGCUGCGAGCAAACAGAUCCACACAGGCAAGUCGAAUUGGGUGUAUGUUCUUCUGGGCCUGGAAGCCACUCUAUCGCAAAAAGAAAUGGCAGAGGCAUUGUCCAAGGUGGACGGGUUCGAAGAAGGCGUCUUCAUUGCAUCCAUCCCAGUACCGCUCCUGGCCCCAACAUCACAAAUCCAAGCCGCUUUGUGGACCAGCCAGUUCUGGCCAACCAUGUACCGAAAGAACAACCCUCUGGGACCACAUCCUAGCCUGGUGAUCCGGGCUACCGAUGAGAUUGCGGACGACGCCCCGAUCUGGAUGGCCCUGGCGAACGAAAUGGCAGUCAAGUCAAAGGAAACCGGCCUUGGUGAAGCCAUGGGUGCCUGUAUCGUCUACCGUGGAGACGAUGGACCGCGUCUGGUGGCCGUUGCCGGCGAUGCCCGCUGGCAACACCAGCACAAGUCGUCCAAGACGGGCAACCCGAUGGCCCAUGCUGUCCUCCGUGCCAUCAGCAUGGUGGCCCAGAAGCUGGUUCGCGCCGAGAAAAAGAGCCAGAGAAGAAAGAGUGUGUCAAGCAAUGCUAGCGUCACCACCACCACCACCACCACCAACGAGAACGAGCCACCGUCGAAAAGUGCGUCCGUGCCGCCCGUGGUGGUUCCGACCAGCGACAAUGGUGUUAUCCACAACGCCGAGAGCAGCGUUGACAGCAUGGAAGUAACACCUCCGGCAGCCACCGAGGACGUAGUCGUAUGUCAGGUGCAUAACGAAGUACAGGAUCGUGUGCGAGACCGGCUGAGUCGCGGUCGUGACCGAGGGCACGCCGGCCAUCGGCAGCGAUUGGAGUUUGAGGUAUUCAAGGAUAAGCCGCUGCUGGAAGAGGAGGAACGCGUCUUUAUGGAAGAACACCCGACACCGGACGGCUAUCUGUGCCAUGGCCUUGAGCUCUACGUCACGCAUGAGCCCUGCACUAUGUGCUCGAUGGCGAUUCUCCAUUCCCGUAUGGGCAAGGUCGUCUUUGCCAACCGCAUGCCUCUGACCGGUGGACUCAGCGCCGAAGACCGAACCUUGGUGCCCAGCUCGACACCCGACGUGCCCUAUUCGACCGAUACCCACACUGGCACGGAUAUGGAUGGCGCAGGCGGAAGCACCCAUGGUCUUGGCCUCUUCUGGCGGCGUGAGCUAAACUGGAGCUUUUUGGCUUGGGAGUGGGAGGCUCAUUGCACCUGCAAGCCCCUGAACAUGGCGCCCACGACGCAUGCAUAA